CUAGAAUGUAGUAUAAAAGGUCUUCUCGGAGCACGUGACCCCUCUCCGCCCGACCGCCGCCGCGCCGCCAUCAUGGACACGAGCCGUGUGCAGCCUAUCAAGUUGGCCAGGGUCACCAAGGUUUUGGGCAGGACCGGCUCGCAAGGACAGUGCACGCAGGUGCGCGUGGAGUUCAUGGACGACACGAGCCGCUCCAUCAUUCGCAACGUGAAAGGCCCCGUGCGCGAGGGGGAUGUGCUCACCCUGUUGGAGUCAGAGCGAGAAGCUCGGAGGUUGCGCUGAACUUGUGGCUGGGUCCUGGAUGUCUGGGUCGACCACUUGGCUCACAGGGAUGAUCUGCGAUUGUUAAUAAAGUGUUUAUGUUGUAUGUAAACUCGG